GAUAGGCAUGAGCAAACGCGGAUGGGAAUAAAAGACUACAACUUCCUUAAGAUCCGGCGCUCCCAGUGACAUCAUUGGAGCGCCGGCUUUGUUACAAAAAUACUGCUUCUCCAUUGGCUGGCUGUUGUGAGAGGGGACGCCGCCCGAGCGGUUCUGGGAUAGCAAUGGGGACACCCGGCACCUCGGCGGGUGCUCUGUUUCUGUCCUCCGCGUCCGCGCCUCCGAGGAAGCGCGCGGCUGAGGAGGUCGGAGAGGCUGGAGUUGCGAGAAGCAGGCCGCGGGUCCUGGAUGAAGAAGAGUACAUCGAGGGACUUCAGACAGUUAUCCAGAGAGACUUUUUCCCUGAUGUGGAGAAGCUACAGGCACAGAAGGAGUACCUGGAGGCUGAGGAAAACGGAGAUUUGGAGCGCAUGCGCCAGAUUGCCAUCAAGUUUGGCUCUGCCCUGGGCAAGAUCUCUCGGGAACCUCCACCACCCUAUGUUACUCCAGCCACCUUUGAAACUCCUGAGGUACACCCGGGCUCUGGUGUGCUGGGCAGCAAGCCCCGGCCCCAGGCCAGAGACCUAGAUGAUGCAGGAGAGGCUGGAGAGGAGGAGGAGAAGGAGCCGCUGCCCAGCCUGGAUGUCUUCUUGAGCCGCUACACCAGUGAGGACAAUGCUUCCUUCCAGGAGAUCAUGGAGGUGGCCAAGGAAAAAAGCCAUGCCCGCCAUGCGUGGCUGUACCAGGCUGAGGAGGAAUUUGAGAAGCGACAGAAAGAUAAUCUUGAACUCCCAUCGGCAGAGCAUCAAGCCAUUGAGAGCAGUCAGGCUGGAGUAGAGACCUGGAAGUACAAGGCCAAGAACUCUCUCAUGUACUAUCCCGAGGGUGUCCCUGAUGAAGAGCAGUUGUUUAAGAAGCCGCGGCAGAUAGUGCAUAAGAACACACGUUUCCUCCGGGACCCCUUCAGCCAGGCUUUGAGCAGGUCCCAGCUCCAGCAGGCGGCCGCCCUCAAUGCCCAGCACAAACAGGGCAAGGUUGGCCCUGAUGGCAAGGAACUCAUUCCCCAGGAGUCCCCCAGAGUGGGCGGCUUUGGAUUCGUUGCCACUCCUUCUCCUGCUCCUGGUGUGAAUGAGUCCCCACUGAUGACGUGGGGAGAGGUUGAGAACACGCCCUUGCGAGUGGAAGGAUCUGAGAGCCCCUAUGUGGACAGGACACCUGGACCCACAUUCAAGAUCUUGGAGCCAGGACGCAGGGAGCGUUUGGGCCUGAAGAUGGCUAAUGAAGCAGCUGCCAAAAACCGGGCCAAGAAGCAGGAAGCGUUGCGGAGAGUUACAGAGAACUUGGCCAGUCUUACUCCCAAAGGCCUGAGCCCAGCCAUGUCCCCAGCCCUACAGCGCCUCGUAAGCAGGACAACCAGCAAGUACACAGAUCGUGCCCUGCGGGCCAGCUAUACACCAUCCCCAGCACGCUCUGCCCACCUCAAGACCCCAGCUGGUGGGCCGCAGACACCCACAAGCACCCCAGCCCCUGGGUCUGCUACACGCACACCCCUCACACAGGACCCAGCCUCCAUCACAGACAACCUGCUGCAGCUCCCUGGCCGGCGCAAAGCUUCAGACUUCUUUUAGAGCCAGGCCUGGCUGGACCUGUGGACGUUUUGUGGGACAUUUUGUGGAGCAUCUACUCCUCAGAGGAUUCCAGGCCUUGGAGACACAGACCAUGGGCAAUUGAUUAUUCCAGGAACCACAAAUAUAUAGUGCUGCUCCUGUGACCAGGUUGGCACAUUGUGCUGACUACUCCCUUGGAAGUAUAGCAUUGGUGCUGUCCUCCAGGGCCCUGCUGAAAUGCCUUCUAGUUAACCCCCAAUUGAAUCCUCAUUAAAGAACACCUGGCACUGUCUGGCCGGGCAGCUGAUCCAUG